AUGGACGUCGAUGCGCCUCCGUCAGAGCGACAGAACUCAAUACCUCCUCCUACACUAUAUCUUGCGAAGGAUCUUCACUUUGACAAAUAUGUUGAGCCCCAGCCAGAUGGAUAUCAGAAGGCGAAGUCGCGAGGGUCUGGCCAAGCUGCGAUAGUGAUUGACAAUGGCUCAUCGGUGACUCGAGCUGGCUGGUCCUUUGAGGACUCACCGCGCCUCAAUAUCCUGCCGCUUUUCUCGAAAUAUAGGGACAGAAAAUUGGGCAAAACGUAUUCAUUUGUCGGUGCCGAUGUAUACGCAGAUACUACAGCUAAGGGCCAUAUGAGAAAUGCCUUUGAGGCAGGAAGUGGAAUUGUUAGCAAUUGGGAUGUCAUGGAGCAGGUGCUGGACUGUAUCUUCCUCAAAUUGGGAGUUGAUUCAGAGGGCAGAGUCAAUAUGCCUAUUGUUAUGACGGAAGCUGUUGCAAACUUGCCAUAUUCAAGGAAAUCUAUGACGGAAAUUAUAUUCGAAUGUUAUGGAGCACCAUCAGUGGCCUACGGAAUCGAUUCUCUAUUUUCUUACGACUAUAAUAAUGGCAAAACAGGUCUUGUUGUAUCAUCUUCCCAUAGCUCUACACAUCUCAUUCCGGUUUACAACUCAAAAGCUAUGCUUACACAAGCCACAAGAUUGAAUUGGGGUGCAUCACAAAGCGCCGAGUACCUUCUAAAGCUCAUCAAACUGAAGUAUCCUAGUUUUCCUGGAAAGCUAGCCGCUACUCAAAUUGAAUAUAUGGUGCAAGAUCAUUGCUACUUGUCAAAAAACUAUGACCAAGAAGUGAGCAAAUAUCUCGAUUGGACAGGGCUGGAAGAUAGAGAUCGUGUCAUUCAAUAUCCAUAUACAGAGGUAAUUGAGGUGCAGAAGAGUGAAGAAGAGUUAGCCAAAGCUGCCGAGAAGAGAAAGGAGAGUGGUCGAAGACUACAAGAACAAGCCGCCAAAAUGCGACUCGAGAGGUUGAUCCGGAAAGAACAAGAGCUUGAUUACUACAGACAUUUGCAAAGCAGGUUGGUAGAUCAAACGAAAAAAGAAAUCAAACGAUUACUCGACGCCGAAGAAUUGAAAGACGAAGUAGCUCUCGAAAAAACCAUCAAGGAACUUGACAAGAAUAUUCGCAAGGCUCGAACCAAGGAUAUCGGUGGACCCGAAAUCGAAGAAGAGGUUGAAGAACCCGACUAUUCUAUGCUUGAUAUCCCGGACGACCAACUCGACGAAGCACGUCUUAAACAAAAACGUCAUCAACGACUUAUGAAAGCCAGCACUGAAGCCCGCGCCCGUGCCAAAGCGGAAAAAGAAGCAGAGAAAGCUCGUAUCGCCGAAGAACAGCGCAUAGAUGAUGAGAAACGAGAAAAUGAUCUCGAAGGCUGGCUCCAAGAGCGUCGGGAAGCUCGGGAAAUUGUGCUACAGAAACUCAAGGAUGAAAAACGUCUCAAAGCGGAUCUCGGAAAUAGAAAGAGUCUCGCGAGUCAAAUGCGCAUGAAGAGCAUCGCAAAUCUCGCAUCCGAUAACCCAACUAAAAAACGCCGUCGCGGAGGCGAUGAUGACAAUUUCGGCCAAAAUGAUGAUGACUGGGGAGUCUAUCGCACCAUUCAAACCGGAGAUGGCGGCAGCGAUGACGAGGAAGAAGAGGAUCCCAACGUUAUGCUUAAAACCCUCGAAGCGGAUCUCUUGAAAUACGAUCCGGAAUUCACGGAUCAGCAUACACUGGAUGCGCAAACUGAUUGGACCAAAUCACUCAUCCAUGCCUUUCUCCGAGGGCCUCGCCCAUUCAACCCUGCAAGCACAGCGGAGGCCCAUCAACUCCAUCUCAACGUCGAACGAAUCCGCGUCCCAGAAGUGCUUUUCCAGCCCAGCAUAGCGGGUCUAGACCAAGCAGGCAUAAUUGAAAUCGCAGCAGAUAUACUAACGCAGCGGGUUUCCGGACCCGGCAUGAAACAGCAGGAUUUCUUCAAAGAUAUCUUUCUCACAGGUGGUAAUGCAUCGUGGCAGAAUUUCGACGAGAGGUUACGCGAGGGAUUGAGGGGGCAUCUAGAGGCGGGCACGGAGGUUAAGUUUAGGAGGGCGGGCGAUCACUUGUUGGAUGCGUGGAGGGGGGCGGCAAAGUGGAGUUGUGGGGAUAGGUGGAAAGAGGCGAGGGUUACGAGGGAAGAGUAUGGGGAGAAGGGGGGGGAUUAUCUUAAGGAACAUGAUCUAGGGAAUGCAUAUUCAUGA